AUGCAGGAGUCUAAGCUACUGGCUGAGUCCUUCGAGUACAUUGGACGAGCUGAGCCCGAAACUCUGCGUUCUGGUCUGUUUAUGGAAUUCAAAAAUGAGCAAGCUACAGGACCGGGUGUGACGCGGGAGUGGUUUGUUUUGGUGUGUCAUGAAAUAUUUAAUCCACAGAAUGCUCUUUUUGUGGCUUGCCCGAAUGACUGCAGGAGAUUUUAUCCAAAUCCUGCAUCUAAGGUACAUCCUCGCCAUCUUGAGUACUUCAGGUUCGCUGGACGUAUCAUUGCAUUGGCAUUGAUGAAAAAGGUGCAAGUGGGUAUUGUUUUUGAUCGUGUGUUUUUUAUGCAAUUGGCUGGAAACAAUGUUAUUUUAGAAGAUAUACGGGAUGCAGAUCCUUUCUUGUAUAGAAGCUGCAAGCUAAUAUUGGAGAUGCAUGCUGAUUUCAUUGAUUCAGAUGCAUUAGGACUGACAUUUGUUAGAGAGGUGGAGGUAUUAGGAUGCAGGAAAGUGGUUGAGCUUUGCCCUGAUGGGAAAAGCCUUGUAGUGAAUUCUUUGUCAUACUUCAUAUCACUAAUCAGUGCCAUGCGUCAUCCAGAAAGGGAGCUUUAUGCCUCACUCACACUUGAUGCUACACAACUCAUGUUUGACGUGGCUAAGGUAGAGGCCAUAAGACCUCGCACUUGGUAUGGUAAAGCACCAUUGCCCAACCCUAUCUCAAGCAAAAAGUCUUUAUUUGAGUUAGGCAUGAUAAUCUAA